UGGAGGUAUCGCUAAAUAUGCAAGAAGUAUUACUUAUUUAAGAUUAAAACCAUCACAAACAUGGCUACCAAACGUAAAGCCGAUGUACCAGUGCCUGCGGAAGAGAGUGAUCAGCUCCUCAUCAGACCGCUAGGAGCUGGGCAGGAGGUUGGCAGGUCCUGUAUCAUCCUGGAGUUCAAAGGCCGCAAAAUCAUGCUGGACUGUGGCAUCCACCCUGGACUGGAGGGCAUGGAUGCAUUGCCUUACAUUGAUUUAAUAGACCCAGCUGAGAUUGACCUGCUGCUCAUCAGCCAUUUUCACUUGGAUCAUUGUGGAGCUUUACCAUGGUUUUUACAGAAGACAAGUUUCAAAGGGAGGACAUUCAUGACCCAUGCCACCAAAGCCAUCUACCGCUGGUUACUUUCAGACUAUGUCAAAGUCAGCAAUAUUUCAGCUGACGACAUGCUGUACACCGAGACUGAUCUAGAAGAAAGCAUGGACAAGAUAGAAACCAUCAACUUCCAUGAAGUGAAAGAGGUGGCCGGCAUCAAGUUUUGGUGUUAUCAUGCAGGGCAUGUUUUGGGAGCAGCCAUGUUCAUGAUUGAGAUUGCAGGAGUGAAGCUGCUGUACACCGGUGAUUUCUCACGCCAAGAAGACCGACAUCUCAUGGCUGCUGAGAUUCCCAGCGUCAAACCAGACAUUCUCAUUACUGAGUCCACAUAUGGUACACACAUCCAUGAGAAGCGAGAGGAGAGAGAGGCUCGUUUCUGUAACACAGUCCAUGACAUAGUGAACCGUGAGGGCCGCUGUCUCAUCCCCGUGUUUGCUUUGGGCCGAGCCCAGGAGCUGCUUCUCAUUCUAGAUGAAUACUGGCAGAAUCAUCCUGAGCUCCAUGACAUUCCUAUUUACUAUGCUUCGUCUCUGGCUAAGAAGUGCAUGGCUGUGUAUCAGACCUAUGUGAAUGCAAUGAAUGACAAGAUCCGCAAGGCCAUCAAUAUUAAUAACCCUUUUGUCUUUAAGCAUAUCAGCAAUCUCAAGAGCAUGGACCAUUUCGAUGACAUCGGCCCAAGUGUAGUGAUGGCAUCUCCAGGUAUGAUGCAGAGUGGCCUCUCCAGAGAGCUGUUUGAGAGCUGGUGCACAGACAAGAGGAACGGCGUCAUCAUAGCGGGUUACUGUGUGGAAGGAACACUCGCAAAGCAUAUCAUGUCUGAGCCUGAGGAGAUCACCACCAUGUCUGGACAGAAGCUUCCGCUGAAGAUGUCAGUGGAUUACAUCUCAUUCUCUGCUCAUACAGACUACCAGCAGACCAGCGAGUUCAUCCGAGCUCUGAAACCUCCUCAUGUGAUUUUGGUUCAUGGAGAGCAGAAUGAAAUGGCUCGGUUGAAGGCUGCGCUGAUCCGAGAGUAUGAGGACAAUGAUGAGGUUCACAUUGAGGUGCACAAUCCUCGAAACACAGAGGCUGUCACACUCAACUUCAGAGGAGAGAAACUGGCCAAGGUGAUGGGCUCUCUUGCGGAUAAGAAGUGUUCACAGGGUCAGAGAGUCUCCGGGAUCCUGGUGAAAAAGAACUUCAGUUACCACAUCCUCUCUCCUUCUGACCUCUCUAAUUACACUGAUCUUGCCAUGAGCACGGUGAAACAGACUCAAGCCAUUCCCUUCACUGGCCCUUUUCCCUUGCUGUUGAGUCAGUUACGUCACCUGACAGGUGAUGUAGAGGAGAUUGAGAUGUCAGAGAAGAGCACAGUGAAAGUCUUUAACAGCAUCACAGUGAUUCAUGAGAACAACUUGGUGGUUUUGGAGUGGUUUGCCAAUCCUCUGAAUGACAUGUACGCCGAUGCCGUCACCACAGUGGUUCUGGAAGUGCAGUCAAACCCCAAAGCUCAGAAAGCUCUUCAGCCCCAAGAAAAGAAAGUGGAUGUAAAUGUUUUUCAGAAUAGACUACUGAAAAUGUUCCAAGACAUGUUUGGAGAGGAGUGUGUCGACUUUAAAGACAAGAACUGUCUCGCCGUGAAUGUAGAUGAGAAGACGGCCUUCAUUGACCUGGAAACAAGAACGGUGGAGUAUGAAGAGCCCAAUCCUGAAGAUGAUUCUCUCAGAGAAAUGCUGGAGCUCGCCGUACAGAGGCUGUAUGAAGCCAUAAACCCAGUGUUGUGAGAUGACAUCUGCCCUCUCUCAGGCUAUUCACUUCCCACAAAAACUGUUGAUAUCAGAGUCCUUUAACUUAAACUAUUAAGCCAGACUGAAGAAGACACCAGAUACUGAACUGGACAAAGCACUUCAAAUGAAAGUGUAAUAAAAAAAGGAAAACAGUUUACGGUGUAUGUUGAUGCUUGUCUUUUUCCAGGUCUGUCAAUUAUACAAUAGCCUAAACUGUGAUUGUUUGGUAUGUUGUUUUUUCUAAGUUGUUUUGUUUAAGUUGUAAUUGGUUUAAAAUCAGUGCAUUUGCUUUAAUAAAUGAGGUCUUUGAA